CAAAAUUCAUAGAUAACCCCCUAAACUUUACCACAUUUUCCUCAUGGCUACUUAAACCGGGGGUUGUACCUAUUGACUACCUAAACUACCCUGAAUUUAUACCACAUAAGCACCGUUUGCCUACAUGGCAGCUCGUGUGUGCUGCACGCAAAAUGGGCGCGUGAAGGGUUGUGUUGUUGCUUACAUGGCAACUCCAACGUACCCUUUUUUUUAAUAACCCCAAAUUUAAAACCCCAAUUCCAAAAAUUCCAAAAUCUCUCCUUUCUCCUCCUUUCUCCGCCGUUUCUCUCUCCCCUUUCUCCUCCUUUAUCCCCCGUUUCUCUCUCUUGUUUCAGUUCAAUUUUUUUCGUCCUUGUCUCUCGAUUUAUAGUUGUUGAUGGCUAUAUUGUCUCUUAUUUCUGUCUUGGUUCUUUCUUCUUCAUAGCAAUGUCACAAAAUUCAGGGAUUAUAGAUGAAAAUGUUAUUUAUAAUUGUGGUAAUUCUUGUAAUGUAAGAACUUCGAGAACAGUUAACAACCCAGGUCGUAGAUUCUUUGGUUGCAAGAUGCCAAAAGAUAAGGGUGGAUGUGGCUAUUUUAAAUGGAUUGAUCCAUCUCCAGAGGUUGAGCUUUUGAAGGAGAAGCUUAAAGAGGUUGAAGAAGAGAGGGAUACAUUGAAAUAUAAAAUGAAGGAACUUGGAGGCAAGUAUGAUUCAUUGAAACAAAAAUUGAAGGAAAUUAAGGAAGAGAGGGACUGUGUGUUAUACCCUAUUUUAACCUAA